GGUUGCCAAGGUAAACAAAUGGACCUUUUAUAACUCUUCUUGUGACUGGUAACUUUGCGUGCUGGGCUUGGUCCCCUACUUAAUUUGAGAUUCACUUUAUAUGUAGCGGGCCAAUCUCCCAUUGGUUGGUCGUCAUCUGGUCUGCAUAUAAGAUAAACUGGUAGACGCUGUUCACGUCCAAACAUGAGGUAAAAGGGAGAUUAGCUGGUGGAAGCGUUGCUCCACAUCGUACUAUGUGCAGAAGUUCAGGGAGUUGUUAUGAGAUCAUCUUGUCUUAUUUGGUGGAAGGUAUUGCAAGCACCCCAUGCAUUUUAUUGUCCUAUGAUAGCUAAGUACACUAUAAAUCAACUGCCGCUGGCAGUUGUGACUGCGUUUUCAGCUACGACACCAUAGGAUAACAAACCUUUCAGGAGCUUCACAAGGAUACAGUUAUCCUCUCCAGGAAACCUUGCGAUGCGUGAAAAAGAUCCUUUCACCGCCAAAAGAUCGUUAUCUUUUAUACAACUUUUCAAGAACAUAUUCGCAGUAGUUAUAGAGUUUUGUCUGUCUUUAAUUAAUUUAACUUGGAGUUAUGAGUAAAUAAAGAUAGUCCACACUUUUGAACUAAACUUUGAUAAUAUGUUCUCAGUAUCAGGAUGCAAGCCUCAAGAGGAACGUUUGAUUGAAGACCACAAAACAACCAUUGUUAGAGACAAGGAUAAAGAGCAAGGCGACUCAUGGAACCUUAAAGAAUUUGCUGCUUGCAUCAAGUUUUCUCCUAUGGCUAAGUCAAAACCAAAACAGAUGAAAUGUUCGCGGUGGAGUCCUAAAAUCUGUUCGCCAUCUCUAGCGGAAAACGAGAGCUUGGUGAGCAACGUGAUAGAGCUGUCAAGUGAACACGAUCCACUAGGUGUCAAGUUCCACAAAAAUGUUCAUGAAAAGGUGACGGUAAGGUUAUCUCACAGUGCCAGUGACUUGAAGGGAUACGAGUUGGUGAUCAAAGAAUUGGUUGAUCUUGAUAGCAAUGAAUGGAUGGAGUUGGACACCAGACAAGUAUGGAAACCAUCAGAUAUCCCAGAUGGACAUAACAGCGAGCAAGAAGUACCUGACUGGAUGUUCCCUUUUGCUGAGGCUGAAACUGUAACAGCCUGUUCGUCGUUUGCUGUGAUAUGGCGUUUGAAAUCCUUUACAUUUCAUAAGCUUUCCCCUCAGACUUCUGAUUUCACAUGUACAGUGUCGGAGUUUCCAGGUGUUAGUGUAACGAUUCCUCACAGUUCUGUACCUUCAAGUGAAAAUUUCUCAGUGACUCUAAAGUUGCAAGAGGUUCCAUGUGACCAGGUAAAAGAAGUAGUUUUCGCUGGUCCUAUCCUUCACAUUUCAUGCUCCGAUGAAGUGAAACUCCUACAUCCAGCAAGAAUCACGAUUCCUCUGGCAUUGCGAGAUGAUAGACGAUGGCCAUAUGUUCCCUCUGAUCAUAAGACGAUUUUGGUUCUAACCGCUAGUAGUGAGUCAGCAAAAUGGGCUGAUAUUACAGGGGACUUGAAUGUCCGGGUAGAUGUAAAAAAUGGGAUCGUGGCAUUUGAAGUAAACCACUUCUCAAUGUUUUGGGUUUGGGUUAAGCUCCAAGAAGCCUUUACGAUUUUAACCAGUCUGGCGUGGCGUUUAUACAAGCAAGUUAGCCACCAACAUGCAGAAUUUUUAGCAUUCUUGUGUGAUUCUGCCAUUGAUGUUCCUUCUUCCGACUUUGGUCUCAUUCUGUGUUGUUGUCCGAGGCACCUAAAGGAACAAGAGAAGAAAAAUAUAAGUUCCGAUUACAAAGUGCUUCGCCAAGGUGAAGGAAACUCAGAGCAGCCAUUAUAUAAUGGAGAAAAGGUUUUUGUCAAUCUUCAUUCCCCACUUUCACCUUCUAAAAGUGGGACAUUGUCUGAAGAGGAAAUAAAGAACUAUCAUCUCAAAUUCCUUCAGCAUGAACCAGAUCUGAAAAGCGACUUGGUAGUUACUGUCGACGUUGGGGGCACUCCUCAAGUAGAGUUCUUUAAGCGACAGGAAAGUGGAGAAAAGGGGGAAAAAGUGUGUACAUUGUCCCUCUUUCCAACAAAACAGGAAGCACCCAUUCUCCAAGCUAUGAUAUCUGCCCUGUAUCCACUUACAACAAGCCGGCCAGGAGCCAUUCGACUCAAUCAAAACAGUGAAGAGAACUUGGCACAGAGCGCAACGGCUCGCACAUUCACAUCACAAGAAGAUAGCGCUGAACUGGACGCAACAGCUCUCACAUCACAAGAAGAUAGCGCUGAACUGGACACAACAGCGCUCACAUCACAAAAAGAUAGCGCUGAACUGGACGCAACAGCUCUCACAUCACAAGAAGAUAGCGCUAAACUGGGCGCAACAGCUCUCACAUUACAAACAGAUAGCGCUAAAAUGGUAAGUAAGAUCCUUACCAUUGAGCUGUGGAGAUGUAAGAAAACCCCUAGAUCUGUGUUCAAUAAUAGCUUUUAGUUGUCUUGACCUGUUAUAACAUAUAGAUUUAGCCAAACCUACAAGUGGAGCUCCUGGGCCGGGUUGUUCAA